GGAGCCCCUGGUGGGGAUAAAUAGGCAUCAGUGUGCAGUGGAGAAAACAGUACGAAAAGCAGGCAGCCACCCGGAACAUCAGGACUCAGCUGUCACAGACGCUGCCGGCGGGCAUCAGCUCUGCAGAUCAGAGAAGAUGGCCCUCCUUGUAGCUCUGGGGCUCUUGAUGGCGGCGAUCUGCCCUGCUGUCCUCUGCCAACAAGAAUGCACAUUGGGGAGGAACACUGAACUUCAGGAAGAUCAGAACAAUGGGACACUAGUGGACAGUGUAACCCUGGCCUCCAUCAACACCGACUUUGCUUUCAGCCUCUACAAGCAGCUGGCUUUGAAUAAUCCAGAUAAGAACAUCGUCUUCUCCCCAUUCAGCAUCUCAUUUGCCUUGGCAGUCCUGUCCCUGGGAGCAAACAGCAAUACCCUUAAAGAGAUUCUGGAAGGUCUCAAGUUCAAUCUCACAGAGACCCCCGAGGCAGACAUCCACAGGGGCUUUGGGAACCUCCUCCACAUGCUCAGCCAGCCAGGGGACCAGGUACAGCUCAGCACAGGCAGCACCAUGUUUGUUGAAAAACGCCUGCAGAUCCUAGCAGAGUUCAAGGAGAAGGCAAGGGCCCUGUACCAGGCUGAGGCCUCCUCAACUGACUUCCAGAAGCCUCAAGAGGCUAAGAAUCUCAUCAAUGACUACGUGAGCAAGCAGACCCAUGGGAAGAUCAAGGACCUGAUCUCAGACCUGGAUGAUCAGACAGUAAUGGUGCUGGUGAAUUACAUCUACUUUAAAGGAAAAUGGAAGACGCCAUUUGACCCUCUUGACACAUUUGAUUCUGAGUUCCACUUGGACAAGAAGAGGACUGUGACAGUGCCCAUGAUGAACAUUGAGGACCUGACCACACCCUACUUCCGGGAUGAGGAGCUGUCCUGCUCAGUGGUGGAGCUGAAGUACACAGGCAAUGCCAGCGCCCUGUUCAUUCUCCCUGACGAGGGCAAGAUGCAGCAGCUGGAAUCCAGCUUACAGCCAGAGACCCUGAGGAGAUGGAAGGACUCUCUGAGACCCAGGAUGAUCAAUGAGCUCUACAUGCCCAAGUUCUCCAUCUCCACUGACUACAGCCUGGAGAACAUCCUUCCACAGCUGGGCAUCAGGGAAGUCUUCUCCACACAGGCUGACCUGUCUCGGAUCACAGGAAACAAGGUCCUGAAGGUCUCUCAGGUCGUCCACAAGGCUGUGCUGGACGUGGCUGAGACGGGCACAGAGGCAGCGGCUGCCACAGGAGUCAAAAUUGCCUUAAUGUCUGCAAAACUGGACCCGUUUAUUGUGAGUUUCAACAGGCCAUUCCUGAUGAUUCUCUCCGACACUCAUACUCAGUCUGUCCUCUUUUUGGCCAAGAUCACGAACCCCAAAUGAUUUUAAAACUUCCCAAGUGUUGAGACUUCUUCUCAGGAGCCAGGGAUUAAGCCUGUUUGUGGGUCUCUACGUGCAUUUUGAUUUCCAUGCUCUGAUUGUCUGUGGCAUGCCUGGAUUGGACAAUGACAGUGACUGACUGUAUGACUCCCACAUGCACAGGGACCUGCGGACAGUCAGUGUCAGGCUCCCAGUCCUCUUGGCAGCACUAGCUAAUGUUCCCGAGCCUGAAGUCUGUCUCUGUGUCCCCUCCCUGCAGCCUCUCAUGUAUCUGCCCCUAUUUAAGGCCUGGGCAAUGGCAGGUAGGCUCUGCCCCUUGGACAAUGGCAGGUAGGCUCUGCCCCUUGGGCAAUGGCAGGUAGGCUCUGCCCAUAUCUAGCAUCUGGCUAUGUCGGCCUGCAUCUUCAGCAGCCUUUCUGGGAUUGUGCAAGAAUAUAGGCCAACCAUGUGGCCCUCAGCCCAAGACUGAGAAGGGACCCGGGUCCCGACUCUGUUUCCAGCAUCCGGUACCGCUUGGUGCCCAGUUCCCGCCUCACACUUUUCCUGUUGCACCACUGGCCCUGCAGGGGCUCCUGACCUUGGCCCACAUGUGGCACAGUGUUGGGAGAGCUCAUUCCUGCAGCUCUGCAUGGAGCCUGCUUCUCAGACCUGCUGCUCUCACACGAGUACACAUGAUUAGGGCAGCGAACCUUUUUCUAGAUUCCCCGCCGAGCAACCUCAUGCAGCAGACCGAUGCUUCACCUUUCUUAUCCAAAAUGCAGGGUUUGGAACAAAGUUUCAAUAAACGUAUAAGUGCAUAGAAAGUUGCCAGGCAGUGUUCACUGGGCUCCUGAUGGUAGGGUGUCACCUCUAGUGACAACAGGGUAGUAGUGAAUGUCACUCACACUUUGUGACUUAGAAGGAACAUGAACACCCAUAUACCCAUUAGCAGAUUCCUCCAUUUUCAACACAUAAAACACCCAUAUAUAUGUAUAUAUAUCUUUUUAUAUAUAUACAUGUAUAUGUUUAUAUACACUCAAAUACAUGCACACACAUAUGCAUACACACACAUAUAUAUUAAGAAAUGGAGAGGCAUCAAAUACACACACACACACACACACACACACACACACACACACACACCCCUCCAUCUCUUUCUCCCUUUGGAGUGAUCUGAAGUAAAUUCUAGCUCUUCUUUUCUAAGAGUUUUUCCUCUCCGUCUCCAUAUAGACUCAUAUGACAUAAAAGCAGACAUUUAGGAGUGUUCGUCAUGGUGGCAUUAGUUCCACGAGCUCCGAAUGCUGUUGGAUAUGAAGGGAGCCAGAGUGGGUUAGGUUCCCAAGCCUCCCUGAAACAAUAAAAACCCUCGAGUGUUUGUCAGUGACAGCAAAGCCCAAAGGUAUCCAAGGGCAGCAGUAAAGCGUCAGUCGUGAAUCAUGUCGCAGUCCUCAUCAGGUGGAUUUGCCUUUCUGGGGACGGCACUGGGACUUGAACUCAGAGCCUCACACAUACUCAGAAAACACCCUCGCCCUGAGUCUCCCCAGCCCUCUCCUUACUUUUUUGCUUUGACAAAGUGCCUUACUAGGUUUCCCUGAUCGAGCUUAAGCUCGCCAUGAGAUAUUUCCUCUUGGCCCCCAAAGAAAGAGCAGGGCCGGGCAGUGGUGGCGCACGCCUUUAAUCCCAGCACUCGGGAGGCAGGGGCAGGCGGAUCUUUGUGAGUUCGAGGCCAGGCUGGACCGAUAGCCUCCAAAACAAUACAGAGAAACCCUGUUUCAUAAAAACCAAAAAAAAAAGAAAAAGAAAAAGAAAGAGCAGAUGAAAUGACACUAAAAUGCACUUCCGUUUCUCCUCAUUGUGAGAGGGCAAAGCUCGUAACCUGGCAAGGAGGGACUGCAGCUGGAGAAGUCCUCCCCACAGGCCUGGGAGUGACACGGAGGAGCACUGCUCCCCACUCCGAGACUGGGUGGGGCCACCCCCCCCCCCACCUGACCAUCUUGUUCACCAAGGAAAAGGAUCCAGCAGCUGGGCCUUUCCUGCCUGCCCUCAUUAGAGCUCGGAGAACCUCCCCUCAGGCCUCACAUUUCCUUCCUGCCUGGGCCUAGUGUAGUCGUCUUACCUAACCACCAACACGAUUUUCCAGUUGGUCUAGCCUCAAACUAAUUUAUUCACUGCUGAAUAGAAACCAUACCCAUUGAUAAGUCACUGCCAUCUCCCCUCCCCAGAUUUCCUAACAACUAUCAGAACACUGGGCAUGCAUAUUAAUUACUCUAUCUGGAUACUGCAUGUACGUGACGGAGACACAUCACACAGGCCCGCCUGUGUCUGGCUUCUUUCACUGAGCUCACUGGCGGGGUCACACAUACUGCAGCAGGAAAUGGUUUCUCCUUCCUUUGUCUAGCACAGUAAUAGUGCUUAGCUAGAGCCCGCUCUGCUCAUCUGUUCAAUGAUGGUGUGUGCUUGAGUUGCAAGCCUUUUGCUGACUCUGAAGAACCAUCAUGGAGACUGAGUCCUCUUCCUCUGUGUAUAUACCUACAUUGCAUCAUGGGACUGUCAGCCUUUCCAAAGGCGUCGCCCCAUUCUGCAUUCCUACUGGCUAAAUAAGGCUUUGAAAUCCUCCUAGCCAUGAAGAUACUUAUUAUCUUUCCUUGACAUUUUAAAUAAAUUAAUCAAUCUGUA